UGUCCCAACACUGAGCUCUGCUGGCAGCUCCAGUCUGUCGCUCUGCUUCUUUGUCUUCUCCUUUUUGAAACAUUUCAACAGAACAGUGAGAUGAACCAAAUCUGCUCCAAACCGACCACCAACGACCAGUGCAUUGAAAACAUUCUCAGUGAGUUAAAGCUAAAACUCGGCCAGGCUAUUAAAAGAAUAGAGCAUGAGGCCGACAAGUGCAGGGACGCAGAGAGGAGGACGUUCGUAGACUCACUGGAAGUCGAGAACAGGUUUGAUGAGCUGGAACGAGAACUGACGGCCGAGUUCCAGAACCUCCAUCGCUUCCUGUUUGAGGAGGAGCGAAAGGACGUGGAGCGUCUGAGGAGAGAGAGGCGAAAACAGCUGAAGAAGCUGAAGGCCAGAGAGAAGAAGAUCUCAGAGCAAAGCAAAGACCUGGAGAGAGCCGUCACGGUGCUGAGCAACAAACUGUUCGAGGAGGAGGAGAGUCCGAAGCUGCUCAGAGUGAGGAGGAGUUAGAGACCGGGUCAAAACAUCAGCACCUGAAUGUCACUUAGCCGCCGACACAUGGGUUUAAUACUGGGUCACAACUAAUGUUAUUAGGGCACAUACUGCCACCUACUGUACUAGAGGGGGUAGUGUCAUGGUCUGACCAGCGACUUUUUGAGAUAACUCAGUCAACUCCUUCAUUUUUUAUUUAUUUCGAUAGAUAUUUUCAAUAUUGUCGAGAAUAGUUUUAAUUCCAUAAAAGGAGUGAUGGUCAGUUGGAGACACCUGAUUGGACCUCACCUCACACAUCAUACUGUCCAGUACUUUGAGUCUUGUUGGACUUCAGUGUCUGGAGCUGCUGAAACACCGUGACUCUGCAGUCUGUAGCUCAAAGGCACUGCAGUGCAGAGUAACGGUGACAGUGCUUUCUGCUGCGUCUGAUUGGCUGUUAUUCCAUCACGUACGUAGACACCGAUUGACUGAGCAGUUUUCAAGUCCAAAUCAAUUUCUCAUUUAAAAGUGAGAGGACAACCAGCAGAGUGUGUUAAAAACCAGGAGAGGAAACGGAGCUGGACGAACACGACGAACACGACGAACACGACGAACACGACUAACACGACGAACACGACCAGAUUCUUCGUUAGUUUCCAGGCUGUGUUUUCAUGGUGGUUAUGACACAGGAAGUUCAUUUUAACGAUUCAAAACGAUUCUCUUCUCGUUACAGGAAAUUCAAGACAUUUUAAAAAGGCAAGUUUUUUUUCCUUCUCUGUGUUUUUUUUACUCACUAACUGUCCAAUCAAUGACCUCUGAGAUAAUGAUGUCAUGAUUAAUGAAAUGACUGGUCACUGUUUUAAAUAACCGCUCGUGCCUGAAGUCCUGGACUUGUUCUGUGACUUCAUUUCUUCUCCUUCGUGUUUGACUACAUCAGGUCUAACGUCACCUUCGUUCUCCCUGCGGAGGUGGACACUGAGGUUCGGUCCAGUCACUUCUUGGGGCCCAUCCAGUACCGGAUAUGGAAACGCAUGAAAAGCUGCCUUUACCCAAAUAUUACUUCAGUGACCUUUGACCCUGAGACCGCUCACCCUAAACUGUCCCUGUCGUCGUCUUGCACCACCGUGUGGUUUGAUGAGACUAAAGACACUCAGGAGUGCCAGGAAAACCCGCUACGGUUCCACUACUACUACUGCCUGCUGGGUCGGCAGGGCUUCACCACGGGCCGACACUACUGGGAGGUGCAGGUGGGCGGUAAGACGGCGUGGAGGUUGGGCGUAGCCCGGGAGGACGUCUCCAGAGGGGAGAUGAAGGCGACGGGGACCUCUAGUGGUCUUUGGACCCUGGCACUAAAGGGAGAAGAGGUCCUGGCCUGCACCGACCCCGAGCCCACCAGGGUCAACGUGUCGCUCCAUCUGGAGCGCAUCGGCGUGUUCUUAGACUGUGAGAAAGAGGAGGUGUCCUUCUUCAACGCUGUUACCAUGGCACCCGUCUACACCUUCACC